CAAACUGGUGAAAUCACGAGACGAGACAAAGAGGCGUUCUUCCCAGUUUAUGGUGAAGAAGCUGCUUUUCCACGUUGAACUUGGAGUUACGCAUAUGGAGCAGAAGCUCGCCGAGUUUAGAGCCCGAAGACAGGCGGGAAAAGGCAUGAAAAAGUCCGAACCUGCUGGUCCUCAGCCCGGAGAACAGAGAGGAGAGCCUGCUGGUCCUCAGCCCGGAGAACAGAGAGGAGAGCCUGCUGUUCACCCUGACUGCAGUCAUCAACCAAAGGUGCCAGAAGUCAGCCAAGCUGCGACCAGCAGCUCUGAAAACAGGGACUGUAGGGACUGGCUGCUAGACAGUACUCUGGGACGAUGGUUUGCUUCAAAACAGCUGAUUCUCUCCAACAUUAUGUUGCUCAAAGUGCUGCUGUGGCUGGUUCUGUUGUGUCUUUUUGUUGAACUGGAAUUCGGACUGCCUUUCUUCGUCAUCUCCCUGUUCUACUGGCUCUAUGAAGGACUACGCAGCCCAGAACCUAGAAAGCCAGGAGAACUGAGUGCUUACUCUGUCUUCAACCCAGACUGUCAGCCUCUCCUUGGCUCACUCACUGCUGAGCAGCUGGAGGGUGAGAUGGGCUACAGACCUCUGGCCAACAGAUAAAGUGCUUGUCACUUGCAUAACUGAAGGGCAUAAAUCAAGAUCUUUCUUGUUUGGAAAAAGGAUUAUGAACUGUAUUUCUUAUGUAUCUAUUGCACAUUAAAUUAACGCUGGCAUACUUA